GUGAAGAAACUGAUCAAUCGAAGAGGUGGAUGCACACUCGUGACCACACCACCGAAGGUAUUCUGGGUGCUUGAUUGGCCUGUGGCCACUACCAGUCCUGUGCAACCUGCGAGGGCUCUCAGUGUUUACUACACUAACGCCGGCAGCCUAAUGAACAAGUGGACCGAGCUCCGGGCUGAGGCUGACCAAACGGAGACCUGGCUCAAGUCUCAUUUUUGUAUCGCGGGCUUCUGUCCACCAGGAUUCCAGGCUUAUCGUUGCGAUCGUCCAGGGGAUAUGUUAAGGGGUGGUGCUCUACGGCUCGUGGCAGACUACUUUCCUCAGACAGCCAUGGAUAUCCUGUGCACGGAGAACAUUCAGGCUGUGUAG